UAUAAUUCUCCCAAGAAACAUGAGCCUCUAGAUUCUUCAAAAACCCCCCUUCUCCUGAAACUCCCACCAAUUUCAAUUCUCUCUUUCUUCUCAAAACCUCCAUGGGAGACUUUGGAUCAAGAUCAAGAUCAUACAGCUACAGUGAUGGUGGAGAUAUGCAAAUAGAGAGAUACUAUGCACCCAAAAAACCCAAUCUUGAAGACCACCCACCUCAUAAUUCCAGGUCUUACAGUGUAUCUUAUGGUCCAUCUUCACAAACCAAUAUGGAUCUUGUUGUUUCUGGCACCACUGCCAAAGACUUUGAGUUCAAGAAAGGGAAGUCAACUGCAAAAUCAUGGAGCUUUAAUGAUCCUGAGUUCCAGAGGAAAAAGAGGGUUGCUAACUACAAAGUCUAUUCUGUUGAAGGGAAAGUCAAAGGGUCUUUCAGGAAGAGUUUCAGGUGGCUUAAAGAUAAGUACACCCAUGUUGUUUAUGGAUGGUGGUAGAUUCAUAGACUCAUAGAUACAACAUGCUAUGCAUAUUUCUAUCUAUUCAUGUAUACCCUUUUCUUUUCUGUGAUAAAAGAGGAGUUAUGGUUUCAAAUAGACACUCUUGUCUACUUGAGUACCAAUUGCCUAUUCUGAUUGGCUUCCUGGUUUGCUA